CGGCAAGAAAUUAAGAGCAGUCUCUUUGAAUUCUUAGAAGAGAAAGAGAGAGAAACAUGUCAAUCGGGAUAUUGGAGGUGACACUGGUCGAUGCCCGGAAUCUCAAAAACACAGAAUUCUUUGGUGGUGGGAUCGAUCCGUAUGUGUUGAUACAAUACAAGAGCCAAGAGCGCAAGAGCAGCGUUGCCCGAGGGCAGGGCAGUUCUCCAAUUUGGAACGAGAAAUUCAAUUUCAGGGUUGAGUAUCCAGGAGCAGAUGAUCAGUACAAGCUCAUCCUCAAGAUCAUGGACAAGGACACAUUCUCUGCCGAUGACUAUCACGGACAAGCCACGAUCUACUUGAAAGAUCUAUUGGCAUUAGGAGUGGAGAAUGGAACUGCUGAGCUACAUCCUCGCAAGUAUAGCGUCGUUGCCACUGACCUAACUUACUGUGGAGAGAUCAGAGUCGGCAUUACUUUCACCCCUAAGGUUCAAGAGAACACUGAGAGUGAAGAUUUUGGUGGAUGGAAGGAAAGUGAAAACUAGUUCCUUCACCAAUUAGUCAGAAUAUAAAUCUGUCUCCGUGUAUUGAUCAGUUGAUUGUAUUUGGUUUCUACGGGAUAAGUAAGUCUAGAGAACUAAAAUGUGAGACCAUUAUGAGUUGAAAUGUUUCUUUUAUUAUCCCAAAGUUUAUUCUUAUUUUCCUCA